UCGAAGCCCGUCGCACGCAGCCACGCAGGCCACGCACGCACUCCUGCGGUCGCAAUCGCUUGCCUAUUCCUUCCGUCCCUCCCUCCGCCAUACAACCGUCGGUAAGCCUCGAUCUCGAUCUCUCGAUCCCGGGGAAAGGUUGAGGGUUCGUGUUUACGGUGCGCGGGUUGAGAUUUGGAUGUUACGUGCUUUAGUUGGUUGCUUAUCUGCUGAAACCCUAGCCGUCGGCUCUCUCUUUACCCCGAUCUUGCCGUACUCCACCGUCGCCCUCAUCGCCAUCGUUGAAACGUCGGCGAGCGGCCGCAUCUUUCGUGCUAUUCCUUCCACAAGUCGCUGACUCUUUGUCUGCCCCUCAUCUGUUGUCCACCAUCAGUCCAUCUUGUCGAGUUUCCACGCUAAAAUGAUUUCGGCAGUGACUUGGGUCCCAAAGGGAGCAUCCAAGAGCUCCCCAGUGGUUGCCGAGCCACCCUCUAAAGACGAAAUUGACGAGAUUUUGAAAACGGGAGCAUUGAGAAGAAGCGGAGACAGUGACGAAGAUGAACAAGUGGAGAUGGACGUUGAUGAUUCCAAAGAUGCAGAUGAAGUCACCCAUGCAUUAGCUACUGCUGAGGCUUUAUCGAAAGACCAGGGGGAUAAGGGUUCUCAUUUCCAAGAUAUCGCUGAUGGCCUCCGGGAACUUGACAUGGACCAUUAUGAUGAUGAAGAUGAUGGCAUCGAGCUAUUUAGUACUGGUUUAGGGGACAUUUACUAUCAAAGUAAUGAGAUGGACCCUUAUCUGCAAAACAAGGAUGACGACGAUGAUGAUGAAGAGAUAGAAGAUAUGACCAUAAAACCAACUGAUGCAGUUAUAGUCUGUGCACGAAAUGAAGAUGAAGUCAGCCAUCUUGAGGUUUGGAUCUUUGAAGAAUCAGAGGAUGGUGAUUCGAAUAUGUAUGUUCAUCAUGAUAUCAUCCUUCCAGCUUUUCCGCUUUGUACAGCUUGGCUUGAUUGUAAUCUUAAAAGUGGUGAUAAAGGAAACUUUAUAGCUGUUGGCUCCAUGGAACCAGCUAUCGAGAUAUGGGACCUUGAUUUGAUUGAUGAGGUUCAACCUUUCCUAGUGUUGGGGGGUGUCUCAAAGAAGAAGAAAAAAGGGAAAAAGACAUCAGUGAAGUACAAGAAGGGUAGCCAUAGAGACUCUGUACUUGGGCUUGCAUGGAACAAAGAAGUGAGGAAUGUUCUAGCUAGUGCAAGUGCUGACAAAACAGUCAAGAUUUGGGAUGUGGUCAGUGGCAAAUGUGCUGUGACAGUGGAGCACCACAGAGAUAAGGUUCAGGCAGUUGCAUGGAAUCAUCAUUCUCCUGAAGUUCUUCUAAGUGGUUCGUUUGAUCAAUCAGUAGUCAUGAUGGAUAUGAGAUCAAGUAAUCAGGUCUCUAAUGAAUGGUGUGUCACAGCUGAUGUUGAGAGUUUGGCAUGGGACCCACAUUCAGAACAUUCAUUUGUGGUGAGUCUUGAGAAUGGUACUGUUCAAGGUUUCGAUGUCCGGGCUUCAUCAGAUACAGAUUCCAGUUCCAAGCCAAGUUUCACUCUCCAUGCACAUGAUAAAGCUGUUUCUUCAGUCUCUUAUAAUCCUGCAGCUCCAAAUUUUCUUGCUACCGGAUCAACAGACAAGACGGUGAAGCUAUGGGACUUGUCAAACAAUCAACCAUCAUGUGUUGCAUCUCAGAACCCAAAGGCGGGAGCCAUAUUCUCUAUCGCCUUCUCAGAUGAUAGCCCUUUCUUGUUAGCGAUCGGGGGCUCCAAGGGAAGAUUGGAGGUAUGGGACACCUUAUCCGAUCUUGGGGUUGGUGGUAGAUUUGGCAAGUACAGCAAUCGAACAAUUGAUCCGCCACCAACCGAUUGAACCUUAACCUUCCUAUAUAUAGCUCAAUACUAGAGAUGAAAAAUUAAAAGUUUUGUCCAAGACCAGAAAGCAGGCAUAUGCAGAAUUUCUCCGGUGCAUUCCCAAUUGCACAUUUUCCAUCACCUUUAUUUAAGUGUGUGAUUUGAAUACCCAUGUAAAGCAUUCGAGUGGUGGCAUGAAAAUGUUUUCCCCAUCUCAAGAACAAAACAGAACUGAUGAUGUGGAACUAAAAUUUCGUCGCUUCAUACAUAAGUUGGCAUAUUUAGAGGUUGAUUCAAAUUGUUGGACCAUCUAAGAUAUGUUCCUCAUUUCUAAGAUGUCACUGGCUUUGUGUAAAAUUUAUGCACUGAAUUAUGGAAUAACGUUUGAUCAAAUGGAAUGGUGAUGUUAAUGUUU